AAUAAACAACGCCUCCAGGCUUGUGCGACGCAAGCUCACUUCCAAAACAAAGAAUUGAUAUACUUAUUUUCAAUUUAAACAAUGCCUAGUCGGAUAUUACCUGAAUGUUCCGCGGGUUCAACUUCGGUGCUUAUCCGAGUGCAACCAGGUGUGGUCUUAAAACAUCCUGGCGAUAGUAUUAAUGAGGAUUUCGUCGCUAGUAUCGCCAGACAUUUUGUAGUAGAAGCUCAAAUCCUCGAAAUACUAGGAGACCACCCCAGAAUUGUCAAAUACCUAGGACGGCAAGAUAAGCCAGAACUUCCAUCAGGAUUGCUCUUUGCUGAGGCUAGCCAUGCAAAUCUUCAAGAAUAUCUCAAUGAUAAGAACGACGAAAUUCCCCCUACCCUUCGAAGAAAGUGGUGUCGACAAGUAGUCGAAUCGAUCGCAUGCAUACACUCUCAAGGGGUGAUACACUCUGAUCUACGCCCUGAAAAUAUCCUCGUCCAUGCUACUACCCCCACAUCUCUCGACAUCUAUCUUUGUGAUUUCGGUGGAUCGACGUGUGAGAAACUUGGGUUGGACGGUGGGAAUUUACCAGACUCAGGCUUCUUUGACCCCAAUUCCGAGUGUGUAUCAACACCCGCUACGGAUUUAUUCAGCGUUGCAUCUAUACUUUACACAAUCCUUACCGGGCAUUGGCCAUACCGAGCACCUGGAGGACGUUUUGAGUCGAUAGAGGCGAUGAUGGACUACACCAAGCUGGUUGAUGGCUUUUUCGGAAAACAGGAAUUCCCUGACGUGAGUGAAAUCUGGGUAGGGGCUGUUAUCCUAAAAUGUUGGAUGCGCGAAUACACCAGUGCCGAUGAUAUUUUGCAAGCUUUAGAAUUGGAGAUGACAGAUGAGAUAAGUGAAUAAGAGAUAGACGAGUAAAUAGGUGGAUAGGUGGAUAGAAAAAAUAAGUAGAUUCAGCAAACAAGUGAAGCAAACAAGUGAAUCAAGUAUCCAGUUAUUAGAUCUUCACAUGAG